GACGUCAAAGAAUAUGCUUCUGCCUUGUUUAAAAUACCUAAUAGUUCAGUGAUUCAUAUUUAGUUAAAAAAGAUAAUACAUAGCUUUAUAUCAAUUUAAAUUAUAACUUAUCAUUUAGUUUUUACUCAUUUCACUUUUUAGAUUGUUUCACGUUUAGAAUUAUUUUUUUAAAGAAGACUACAAAGGAGCUCACUCAAGCGAUAAAAUGCCUGCCUACCAUUCAACGUUAACUGACUACAGUCAAACAGUUGGGAAUCUUGCAAUCUUACCACUUCGAACUUCGUUCAGAGGCCCCGCCCCAACGAGCUCCGAUAUUGAGUUGGAUAUAAUAGAUGAAGCGCUGAACUAUUUUAAAGCGAAUGUAUUUUUUAGAUUUUAUGAAAUAAAGUCUGAUGCUGACAGAGUUUUAAUUUACCUAACAUUAUAUGUAUCGGAAUGUCUUAAAAGACUGCAGAAGUGUUCCAGCAAAAAUCAAGGUCAACAAGAGAUGUACAUGUUGGCUAUAUCUAAGUUUGACAUUCCUGGGGAACCAGGUUUCCCGCUUAACUCCGUAUAUGCCAGGCCUACCAGUCAGCAAGAAUCUGAUUUAAUGAGGCAGUAUUUACAACAAUUGAGACAUGAGACUGGGACAAGAGUGUGCGAGAAAGUAUUUGCCACUGAAGAUGGAAAACCAAGCAAGUGGUGGCUCUGCUUUUCCAGAAGGAAAUUCAUGGAUAAGUCUUUGUCUGGCCCUGGACAGUAAAUAGUAUUUUUAAGAACUGCAUUUAUAUUAUCGUAAUGUUUAAUUUCUUUUAGUAAAAUUAAUAAAUAUUUAUCUUAAAGCUGUUUUAUUAAAUAAAGCUUGUAUCAAUUUUGUCAAUAGGUUGUUUGCAGUUUGUAAAAUAUCACACUUACAUUAUUAUGAAUAAUAUGCACUCAAUUUUUUUAUGCAUAUAGAUCAUGCCACCCGUAAUACAAAAAUGAAACAAUUUGUUAAUACAUAUAAAAAUGUAAUUUAUUUUAAUACUCAAGUGUAUAAUGCUGAUGUAAAUGAUAAUAAAUAUGUGAUCAAAGUUUUCAUUUAAAUAUAAAUGACAUUUAUAAAAACAUUAUAAACAAAAAAUUGAUAUUGUAAGAUAUGUUGGUAUCUGAUAAUAAGCCUUAUAAAAUAUUAUUAUACUAUCUAUGGUUAGAGCACUUUGAGAUACUUAUCAAUUAUCUAUUUUUGAAUAAUAACUAUUGAUAUUUAUUUACUUGAAAUUUCACAAUUUGAACUAUGAGUUUUAUACAAUAUUGAUAAGAUGCACUCAAGAUUAAUAUUUCGAGAUCUAUUUUCAACAAGUAAGUUCAUAGAUAUUUGAAAAAUAUUAGAUAAAACAGGAACACAAAAGUAAUUUUACAUAGUCAAUUGUUGCAUUUUAUGAAAUUACCUUUAAACAGUUUUAUAUGUCUAUUAGAUUUUGUUCUUUUCCCAAAAACUAAAGAACGUCAUCUAACGAAUGCAAUUAGUGCUACUUUCGAUCUUAUGUAUUUUAUCUAGGUUUUUUGAGUAUUACUAUGGACGGAUAUCGACGCUUGAAAGGCUAACAUGACUAAGCGACUACGCGUGAACUUUACAGUAGACUAAUUUAAAGUUGAAAUACCUGAAAACAAAAUUUAUUUUA